AUGGUGGCAGAGAAGCCCUCUAUUGCACAAACAUUGGCGGAUGCUUUAGCACCGGGCAGAAAGUACAGUACGCGCGGUGGAGUAUCGCCUGCUUGCAAAGUUCAUGAGUGGCAGGGAGACUUCUAUGGCCAACGUGCUUGGUUCAAGGUGACCAGCUGUGCUGGUCAUGUCUACUCCAUCGACUUCCCGCCGGAGUACAACAAUUGGGACAGAGUUGAUCCUCUGACCCUUUUUGACGCACCCACGAGGAAGGUGGAGGCCAAUCCCAAACUGAGGAUGCCCAAGCAUUUUCAGACAGAGGCCAAAGGAUGCACCUACUUAGUUCUGUGGCUGGACUGUGAUCGCGAGGGCGAGAAUAUUUGCUACGAGGUCAUGGAGAAUGCCAUCCCAAACAUGUCCACUUGGCACGGCGAGCAACAAGUCUGGCGGGCGCAGUUUUCAUCCCUGGCGCCCGUCGAUCUCAAGUGGGCGAUGGCAAAUCUUGGAUCUCCAAACAAAGCGAUGUCCGACUCCGUGGAUGCACGGGCAGAAAUGGAUUUGAAGCUUGGCUGCGCUUUCACGCGCUUCCAGACCAAGUUCUUCCAAGGGAAGUAUGGAGACUUAGACACGAACCUUGUAUCUUACGGGCCUUGUCAAACUCCAACACUUUGGUUCUGCGUUCAAAGAAGCGACGAGAUCAAUACAUUCCAACCGAAAACCUACUACACAGUGGAUGUGACCCUGUCCAAAGCUGGCCGCGAAUUGGCACUUCAGUGGGACAGAGAGCAAACCUUUGACAUGGGCGCUUGCAAAAAAAAGCAUGAGCCUGGUCCAAGAAGAUCAAGCAAAAGCUGUCGUGACAGACGUCACACAAAAAGAGGAUCGGAUGGCACGUCCACAAGCACUCAACACUGUUGCUAUGCUGAAGAUGGCAAGUACGAGGCGAGCGUUCUGAAUAGCACAGGGGUCAGGCGGUUAUAUAUAAUAGGGGAGCGAAUCUCCUCUAUAAACCAUGGACCUGUGGGGGUCCAUUUGGGGCAUUCUAUACAGGGUAUGCUAUAG